AUGAUCGUCUACCGUGAGCCUAUUCGUCUUUCAACUCGAGAAUUUGAUGCCUCGCAGACCACUCUCAUCAGGCACAAUUGCAGCCAGGCUUUUCAGCCUCAGUUAACUCCAAUUUGUACUGAUACGGUGAGAUCUCACGUUGCCUGUUCCCAAGCCCGUAAGGCGGUCGCGCACAGUUUCAAUCGAGGCAAGAACUCUUGUAUCAUGUCAGGACCCGACAUUGUUAGGUCGGAGGGCGCAAGAGAUGACCAGGCAACAGAAGCGUCUUGGCCAAUUGUUCCUUUUGAGGAUUCCUCGCUUCGUCGAAUAUCUACCAUUGAUCAUAGCCAACUUCGAGCUAAGAGCCUGCAAUCUCACUCAAUUCCUUCUGAGCACAUG